AAAAAACAUCAGCAAACCUCAGGACCCGACAGCUUCACUCCAACAGAUUCCACCACAUGAUCUCAUGGCAGAUCUCAAGCGCAGUCGUGACAGCAGCAGUCAUGGCCCUAGCAAGCUCCCUCGUCUCUCGUCAUUCCACCCUGACGAGGAUUUGGAUAAUCCAGUGCACACGUUUGUUGGACGCUAUAUGGGAAUGAUGAGGGAUAGAAAGGAACGCUACAACACGCUCCUGGCCUUCGCUUCUGAAGAUAAUACGGAGUUCCGAAAAUUCCAUGCUAAGAUAGUCAACAAUGAGCGACGCCUGGAGCAGGCACUGGCUCAUGUCUUUGAGAUGACCUUUUCCGUGCACGAGGAGUUAGACGCUAUCGAGAACUAUGAGCUCCCGCGUGCGGUUUCAUCUGGGCCCCAGUGGUACCGACGUGGGAAUAUACUCGACCUCAGCCGCAAUCAACUGUCCGCUAUUCUCUUCAGCUUCACAGCAGAUAGCAUGCUCGACUUCGUGCAAUAUCUGCGGCAAAUCAUCACUGCAGUUGUUGCAAAGUUUACGCAUUGGUGGCACAACUUCGACUGGAUGAGUAAGAUCUAUAUGUGCUUUACGCAAAUCUUCAAAGUGGAAGAUGAUGAAACUCGGCGUUCCUUCUUCGCACUCUUGUGUUUUCUUCGGGCACAACAACAGGAUUCAUCCAUUCCGCUACCGAAGGGCGAAGAAGCACAAGUUCAAAGGGAAAGAAUCAUAAGAGAGGCAGACGAAGUCGACGACUUCUUCUUGAACCAUUGCCUGGUCUGGUCAAGGGAAUUCCUCAAGGUUGAGGACGAAAUCAAGGGGCGCGAUUGUCAAAUGCCACCCGAGGCAAGGACCAAUGAGAUAAAGCAGGUCUUAGAGAGAGACUCUCUGAUGUGGACGAAGAAGUGCCAACCCGGGAAACAAAAGCUCUUUGUGUAUUGGAAUACUGCAGCCGCCUGGCGAGAGCUGUGGGAAAUCUACAACAGCAGCACAACGGCUUGCCCAAGGGCACCAAUACGUUGUAUACACAGACAGAAUUUUGGCCUCCUGAGUCAUCUGCUUCGCCAGGCCCAUGCUGAGACACGUCGCUCUUGUGUGCUGGCAGUAAGCCAUCGUCUCCCAACCGAGCUUGUAGACAUUAUAUACGAGUUCACUUUACGAGCAGAAGGCGUUCCCAUCGACAGUACCACUUGGUCGGAAGUCGAGGUUAUACACCCCGAGAGUGAAGACGAAGACGAGCACUCCGAGAGCGAAGACGAAGACGAGUAUCCCGAGAGUGAAGACCAAGACGACUAUCAUUAUAAGCCCAGCGGCGACGUGAUAAGGAAGCGCAUACAUUCGGCUUAUCAAUGUCCAGCGAUGAGUAAAACGGUGCUCCGCCACAAUCUCUGGAAAUACGCCUCGACAGAAGUACUGCAAACCGAGAUGUUUUGAGCAGAGCUGCUGAAUUAUUACCAUGGAAGCAUAGCAAUACCAGACCGUCUCUUGAAUGUACGAGAGAACUUCUUCGAAGAAAGAAAGCCCGAAGUCGCCGUCGAUCCUGAUUCUGCACAUUUGCGUUGUUGGUAUCCGUCAUGAACCUGGCUUGUUGAGGAUUUUGAAGAAAGCCCGAAGGGGGAAAAAAAGAGAAUCCCCUCCCCGCUCCAAAGUAAUGGGCACGCGUAUGCAUCUUACCUGUAUAUCUACCUGCUUUGCUGCCGU